GUCCACGGCUAGAGCUCCAACCGGAUCCCGGCCCGCAGAGGCAGUUCUAGAGGGGUGGGCCAGCUCCACCCCCCGGCCCGCGGUCCGCCUGCUGCGCGCCCGCCGCCUCCCAGUUCUAGGAGCCGGGUGGGGGCUUGAGGCGGCGCCUUCUUGGCUGGGCUCUGGGCUGGGUGGCCGCGGAGCAGCCGAGCGCACGGCAGACGGCAGCCUGGGCCCGCCGAACCAUGGCGGCCCCGGAGCCAGCGCCGAGGCGGAGCCGAGAGCGGGAGCGGGAGGACGAGAGUGAGGACGAAAGCGACAUCCUGGAAGAGAGCCCGUGCGGCCGCUGGCAGAAGCGGCGGGAGCAGGUGAACCAAGGGAAUAUGCCUGGGAUCCAGAGCACCUUUCUGGCCAUGGACACGGAGGAAGGGGUAGAAGUAGUGUGGAAUGAGCUACACUUUGGCGACAGGAAGGCCUUCGCAGCCCAUGAGGAGAAGAUCCAAACUAUGUUUGAGCAGCUUGCACUAGUGGACCACCCCAACAUCGUCAAGCUGCACAAGUACUGGUUGGACCCCUCCGAGACCCAAGCAAGGGUCAUCUUCAUCACAGAGUAUGUAUCAUCGGGCAGCCUCAAGCAAUUUCUGAAAAAGACCAAGAAGAACCACAAGGCCAUGAGCACUCGGGCCUGGAAGCGCUGGUGCACACAGAUCCUGUCUGCACUCAGCUUUCUUCAUGCCUGCAGCCCCCCCAUCAUCCACGGGAAUUUGACCAGUGACACCAUCUUCAUUCAGCACAAUGGCCUCAUCAAGAUUGGCUCUGUGUGGUACCGAAUCUUCUCCAAUGCGCUCCCAGAUGAUCUCCGGAGCCCCAUCCGUACCGAGCGCCAGGAGCUGCGGAACCUGCACUUCUUCCCACCAGAGUAUGGCGAGGUCGCAGAUGGUACGGCAGUGGACAUCUUCUCCUUUGGGAUGUGUGCGCUGGAGAUGGCUGUGCUGGAGAUUCAGGCUAAUGGAGACACCCGAGUCACAGAAGAAGCCAUUGCUCAAGCCAGGCACUCACUGAGUGACCCCAACAUGCGGGAGUUCAUCCUUUCCUGCCUGGCCCGGGACCCUGCCCACCGGCCUUCUGCCCACAACCUCCUCUUCCAUCGCGUGCUCUUCGAGGUGCACUCACUGAAGCUGCUGGCAGCCCACUGCUUCAUCCAGCACCAGUACCUCAUGCCUGAGAAUGUAGUGGAGGAAAAGACCAAGGCAAUGGACUUGCACGCUAUCUUGGCAGAGAUUCCCCGGCUCCACCAGCCCAUGAUGCAGUGGCGGUACUCGGAGGUUUCCUUCUUGGAGCUGGACAAAUUCCUGGAAGAUGUCAGAAAUGGGAUCUACCCAUUGAUGAAUUUUGCUGCUGCUCGGCCCCUGGGGCUUCCCCGUGUGUUGGCCCCACCCCCUGAAGAGGUCCAGAAGGCCAAGACCCCAACACCAGAACCCUUUGACUCGGAGACCAGAAAGGUAGUCCAGAUGCAGUGCAACCUGGAAAGGGGUGAAGACAAGGCACGCUGGCAUCUCACGCUGCUUCUAGUACUGGAGGACCGACUACACCGGCAACUGACCUAUGACCUGCUACCAACUGACAGUGCCCAAGACCUCGCAGCUGAACUUGUGCACUAUGGCUUCCUGCAUGAGGAUGACCGCACAAAGCUGGCUGCCUUCUUGGAAACUACCUUCCUCAAGUACCGAGGGACUCAGUCCUGACCUGCCCAACCCUGGAGGCCCAGCCCAGGUGCUGCUGGCUCAGAAUGAGCCAUGGAGGGAAGAGUUCAGCACUACUGGAGCUGUCCUCACCGGUGUGCCUGAGAGCUAAUGAACACCAGCCUGCUAGUGAGGACCCCCAACCUUCUCCAGCAGUGUGGGGUCCUGGCAUGGUGGUGGAGCCCAUCAGGGGCCAAGGGAGCCUGGGGAGGGGUGAGGGUCGAAGGUGGAGGUUAACCCCAAACAAACCUCUGCCAGGGCAAUGGUUCCAUGUGGCAGGGAGAACAGCCACCCAUGGUUGGUACCACAAUCAGGCCAGGAACCUGGACCUCAAACUGUAACAGAGCCCUGCUUAUGUCAGAUACAGCACUGGGCACCAGAGGCCCAGACCCAGCUGGAGAAAUAAGGUGGAGGGUCUGGAAUUGAGGCCAUGGUCACCAAAGCCUCUGGUCCCAUGCAGAACCAGCCUGGAGCAUGCCCUCUGGCCUUCUACUCACUCUGAGAACAGGACCUAUACCCUCCCUCAUAGCCUCUCCAAGGGGCUAUUUGUCUUCCAUGUUCCCUGACUGGGAGGGGUCAGAGGGCAGGUAUCCUCCACACCUCCAUCAUGGAACAGCUCCUUCUGGGGUCCUGAGGAUGUACAUUCCUGUCUACCUAUAUCCCACUCAACUACUCUUUCAAUCAUAGACAUUUCUAUAUUCUGGUGGAGUUUACACACACACACACACACACACACACACACACACACACACACACACACCCUUCAAAUCCCCUGCCCUGGCUUCUUAGUCCUGGGCUAUUUAAUAAUCUUAAACAUUUUAAAUUGUAUAUAUAAAUGUAAUUCAUCAGGUUUAUUAAGCAUUUCAUGUGUCAAAACAGGAAGGCUCUCUGCUAUACUAGUUCUAGUAUAUUGCCAUUCUAGUAUAUUGCCACUGAACUUUAACAUAAAUUUGGUGGCUUAAAAUAUGAAUUUCUUCUAAUUUGUCGUAAUAGGUCAGAAGUCUUAUAUGAGAAUAAAAUCAAGGGGUUGGCAGGCUUUCUUUCAGAGGGCUUUUGGGGAGAAUCUCCUUUCCACUCAUUUGGGCUACUGGCAGAUUUAUUCACUUCCCUGCAAUGCUAGGGCUGAUGCCCCCGAUUUCUUACUGGCUGUCAACUGAGGAUCAGUCUCAGCUUCUAGAGGCUGC